GAGAGAGAGAGAGAGAGAGAGCAAAGCCUGCAGAGUUCAAAAGCUUUCAAUCAUUCUGUGAGAUCGAUAAGGGGAGAGAGCUAUAAAGGAAAUGGUUGUUCAUGAAGAGCGCACGCUGCAUCCCCCACCCGCGCGGGAAUUGCGCCCACUGCCGUUGUUGGAGACCAGCAAAGCGGCGUCCACUCCCGCCUCCUCCGCCGCCCCCGCGGAGAAGAAGUCGACACGGAGCGAACCCCCACCAUAAACCCUUGGAUUUCGAUCUCCUCCCUCCUCUCCCACCUUGUCUCCUCUCGACCAGAUCAAGAAAAAGACCUCCUUUUUUGCCCCUUGUAAACCAAUAUCGACGUCAAUCAUCUUCGUAUUGUUUUUUCUGUGGACGGUAUCAUUCAAUCCGAGGAAGAAGAGGGCAUAAAAAAGUAAUCUUGAAUUCAGAAUGCCUUCCACCUAUCUGCAUAUUCAUGUCGACAACCCGGACAAACCCUGUCUCCCUCUGUUUCUUUAUCUUCUUCCCUAUUUACUACUUUAGUUUACCUUGAUUAGUCUUCGGUUCUCGUCUUUUUUUCCUUUUUGUUCUGUUACCUCAUCGGGUCUUUCCAAGUUGAGAUUUUGAUGCCAGAUCGCUUUGUUUUGGGGUCUUUCUGAUACUGGCCCGUUGAUUUGCUGAAUGCCUUUUCAUUUGUUGGCUUUCUUCAAUGCGGAGGGCUUCGGAGAACGGUUUUGAUCGGCGGUGAUGAUCUGUGGAGUACACUGGGGGCUUGAGGUUGCGAGAUGGACCGUCGGAGUUGGCUGUGGAGGCGGAAGCAAUCGGACAGGAGUCCUGGUGAGACCGAGAGCUCAGGGUCAGCCUCUUCCGAGAUGCACUCUGGUGAUCAGCAGGAGGCACUGAUUAGUUCUUCUCCAAGGCAUGCUCAGUCACCUGAGGUUGCAUCAAAGGAUGUCAGCCAGGACAAUGAAACUAUAAGGACUUUAAAUGAGAAAUUAUCAGCUGCUCUUGUGAACAUAAGUGCUAAAGAAAAUUUGGUAAGACAGCAUGCAAAAGUUGCAGAAGAAGCUGUUUUAGGCUGGGAAAAUGCAGAGAAGGAAGUUUCAUCUCUAAAGCAGCAGCUUGAAGCUGCAUCAAAGGAGAAAUCAUCCCUUGAAGAUAGAAUUGUUCAUCUUGAUGCUGCCCUCAAGGAGUGUGUCAGGCAGUUCUGGCAAACAAAGGAAGAGCAAGGACAGAAAGUCCACGAUACCAUCACCAAGAAAACCCGUGAAUGGGAGUCUGACAAAUUGGAGCUUGAAAUCCGACUUACUGAGCUUCAAGCCCAACUGGAAGCUAAAGCUGAAAUUACCACAUCUGUUGACCACCAGCUUUGCUCAAAGGUUGACAUUCUUGAGGAAGAAAAAUCUGCUCUUAAAGUUGAACUCGAUACCCUUACUAGGGAUCUCCAAAUGAGAACAUUAGAGUUGGAGCUAAGCGCCAGAGUAGCAGAAACAGCCAGCAAGCAACAUUUGGACAGCAUAAAAAAGUUAACAAAGCUUGAAGCUGAGUGCCGUAGGUUACGAGCUACAGCACGUAAAUCAUCAUUAGCUAAUGAGCAAAAGCUCCUUUCUAGCUCGCAUUAUUCUGAAUCUGUCACUGAUAGCCAGUCAGAUGCUGGUGAACAGUUGUUAAGUCUGGAUAAUGAGCAAAGUUGUUCAGAUUCAUGGGCAUCAGCCCUAAUUGCGGAGCUUGAUCAGUUCAAAAAUGAAAAGGCUAAUGCAACAAGUGUCACCACUUCUGCAGAAAUUGACCUAAUGAAUGAUUUCCUGGAGAUGGAAAGACUAGUCGCGUUGCCUGAGGAUGACCAUGGAAGCUCUAGCAUUGAGCAUGACAAUGGUUCGGACCAUACUUUUAACAGAGGCAGCUCUUCAAGAAAGGAACUUGAUACUAUCCGUCUGCAUAUGGUUGAGUUGGAAGAGCCAGUCGAGAAAAUGACAACUGCAAAAAUUGGAAUGGAAUUGUCUUUACCUGUAUUGAACAAUCAGCUAAAGAAUACACAUGAUCAGCUGGAAGCAACUGAAGCUAAGUUGGUUGAGUUGCAAAGGCAACUUAAUUUGGUUAAUGGGGAAAAUCAUGUUCUUGAGAGAGAACUAGAAGCAGCCGAGGGAAAGACAAAUGAACUUCAGCUCCAGCUCGAAUCAGCAAAUACCAAAAAUGCGGAGUUACAGGAGAGAGUAAACUUAUUAGAAAGGAAAUCUGAAGAAGAGCAGGAGUUGUCUGCCAAACUGAAAGUGAGGUGCCAAAAUAUAGGGGCAACAGAAGCUAAUAAGAGGAAGGAAGCUGAACAUCAGCUUGAGUCAGCAUUUGGUGAAAUUGCAGAGUUAAAGGAAACAAUUAGUUUAUUAGAAAGAAAAUUUGAAGAAGAGAAAGCUUUGUCCACAGAACUGGCAUCUAGGUGUUGGAAAUCAGAAGCAUUGAAAGGAAAGAUAGAGGAAUUGGAGUGUCAGCUUGAGUUAGCAAAUUUGGAAAUUCAAAAUCUACGUGGGAUGGCUAGUUCAUUUGAAAUGAAACUUGAGGAGGAGAAGGCAUAUUCAACAGAACUUUUAGCCGAGUGUCAGAGUAUGGAAGCCAUGGAGGCAAAGAAAAAGGAGUUGGAGUGUCAACUUACUGCAGAACAUUUGGAAGUAGGCAAGUUACAGGAGAAGGUGAAUAUACUGGAACGGAAAGUUGAGGAGGAAAGAGCAUUGUGUUUGGGGCUUGCAGCUAAUAUAGAGGCCAUAGAGGCAAAGAGAAAGGAAUUGGUGGUGCAACUUGAGUCAGCACAUAUGGAAGUUGGGAUCCUCCAGGAGAAGUUGAUCGCAUUAGAAAAACAAGUUGAAGAGGAAAGGGCACUGUCUGCAGACUAUGCAACAAAUUACCACAGGUUGGAACAUGAGUUAUCCAGGAAGCAGCAAGCAGCUGAAUUCCAUUUAUCAGCAUCCUCAAAUAGAGUGUUGAAGACUAGACAGGAAAAAGAUAUUGCUCUAGCUGCUGGGAAGCUUGUGGAGUGCCAGAAGACAAUAGCCUCUCUUAACCGGCAGUUGAAAACAUUAGCAAUGUUCGACGAAUUGAUGCUUGAAACAGAGAAGCCGGAGUCAAAUGGAGAACUGUUGGAUCUGAGAGGGGAUUCUAAGAUAAUAGACCCCAGCAUAUCCCCAGAGUAGAAUGAGCAGCUUUCCUUGGCCAUCUUCAUCCUCCUGGAGUGGACAUCCAGAAAUUUCAUAUCCUAGCAUAAAAUAGUCGGAUAGAAACCAGUGAAAAUGUAUAUUGAGAAAAAAAAGCGAUUUUUGUGAAUUAUAUGGCAAUCAUGUAUGUGAUAGAAAUUUCUCGACAGACGCAAUUAACAUUUGAUUCUCUACUUCUGCAGAAUCUGUGUUAAGCGACAAAUAGACGAAAUUGUAUGAAGAUUACAGCGUUACCAUAAGUGUUUUGCAUGAUUGUA